UAUAAAUUCAAGAUGUCUGACAACCGAUUUACGUUAUAUUACUUCCAUGGAUCUUACUAUUCACAAAAGGCAUUGUUGGCCUUAUUUGAAAAAGGAUGUCAAUUCAACAGAAAGGUUAUAAAUAUCCAUGCAGGAGAACAAAAAACACCGGAAUAUAUGAAAAUGAACCCACUAGGACAAGUUCCAUUGUUAAAAGAUGGAGAAAAAAUUGUAGUGGAGUCGGAGAAAAUCAUCGACUACAUAGACGAAGAAAUUAAAUCGGGGCCAAUAUUGGUACCUGGUCUAAGCACACCAGUGGGAAAAGAAGUACAAAGGCUGCGUCAGUUUAUUGGUGCAAUUAGAAUAGAGAUCACCACAUUUGGGUUGUUUUUUAAUCCUGAAUUGUCUACUUCCGGUGUUAAAGUGCCCAAAAGUUACUUUAAACAUUUGAAAGGUUCCUCCAAGAAAAAUGUGAACAGUUUGGAAGAGGCAGCUCUGAAAUAUCCAGAUUUAAGAGAUUCUUAUAUCGCAAAAGCAGAAAAGUCGAGAAAAUUCUUUGCAGACGCUGCUAACAAAGAAUUGGUUGUGCAAUGUUUAGAAGAAAUCGAACAGAAAUGUGAUCAUUUAGAGGAAUGUUUGAGGAAAAGUAAAAAUACUGUAAAGGGAGACGAGUUUUGGUUGACGGGUCCAGAUUUUAACGCAGCCGACAUUUUACUUGUUGUGUUCAUGGACAGAAUGGUGAUGUUGGGACUUGAAGGCAGAUAUUUCUGUGAAACAAAGAGGCCAUUGUUAUACGAUUACUUUCAGAGAAUUGGUCAUAGACAGUCCGUCCAGUUAUUAAGGACCGAAGUUAAGAAGUUGAUCUCAAUGUUCAUAUAUAAUAAAAUUAAGGCAGCAGUGCCUUAUGUGGCUGCUCUGGGUUUAGCAAUUGGAUUAGGAGUCUGGUUCAUGAAGAAUAAGUCAGAAAUUAUAAAUUCAAUUGUAAAAAAAUAAUAAAUUUAAUUAUGCAGUAUAUGAUUUUGAGCGACCAUUUCAAUUUAAAUAUGCAGUAUAUGAUUUUGAGCGUCCGUUUAAAUUCAAAUAUGCAGUAUAUGCUUUUGGGCGUCUGUUUGAAUUCAAAUAUGCAGCAUAUGAUUUUGAGCGUCCGUUUAAAUUCAAAAAUGCAGUAUAUGAUUUUGAGAGUCCAAUUUUAAGUUCUUGCUUUUUCGGUCGUGGUCUUAAUUUAUAUUUCUACUAAAGGUGACAGAAUUGUAAAUGGAAUCUAUGUGAUAGAUUAUUGUGAUAGUAUUUACUACAUAUGAAUAAAAUUAAAAGGUA